AGCCUGCAUGCAGCUGUCAUUAUUAUCGCGUCAAAUUGCCAAUGCCUGAGAAUUAUUUUUUUAUUUGGAAAAUCGCGUUUUAUGUAUACAUUGCUAACUGGUUUCUGCAGCAAUCGCUUGAUUUAAGUGAACGACGAAGUGCGGAGUGCAAAGUAAGAAGUGUGUGCCGUGGUGUGACAAGAAAUCUGGCAAGAAAAAUCGAAUUUUUUCUCUAUCGAAGUUGGUAGGCAACCAUCAGCUUUUUUUGCAAAUCGGACUGGAUUCCGAGUUGUUCGUAUAGUUUUUUGGCGGACAUCUGCAGUGUAGACACUGUACAGUACAGUAGCUAACUUUCUCCACUGAAAAUAUCAAUUGAUUUACCGUAAAAGUGUUGGCAAUUUUGUGUGUGGGAUUUUUCAUCCUCUGCCUCUGCGCUGCUCUGACCUUUGGCUUUUUACGGGAUUGGAUUCCAAGGGCCAUACACGAAGGAAUCGCCACGAUGGGUGAGCACUCGUUGCAGGGCCAAUCCGGAGGAGAGCAGCAGCCAGCGGCAGCGGCACACUCGGGCGAAACGGCCGGAACGUCUGGGCAGCAGCAGCAGCAGGGCGUACAAGAUUUGCGUGAAAUUUGCCAGCUGCUGUGGGGCUCCUCUAUCCGGCAGGAAGUGUUCCGCAGAUGGUCCCAGGGCUUCGAGUUCAGCACGUGCGAACCGUCGGCACUGGUGCAGCGUGACGGCGGACCGUGUUGUGUAAUCGCACCGGUGCAGGCGUACCUGCUGAAGAUUCUUCUGAUGGAAACCCCCGGGCACAGUUUCAGUGAUCUAACAACCGACAAGUGUAAAGCGUUGCUAAUCCAAGCCAUUUGUCAGAUAUUGACGAAGUGUAAGUUCACCAAAUAUCGCGUCGUUAGCCUCCGACCCAGACAAGACCAAUUUGGGGGUGCGGCGGCUGGCGCCACUAGCAGCCCGGUAGAGGAGAUGGACGGCGAUGCGGAAAUGAUGGAUGCACUCGAGAAUCUCCCACCGAACGACGGCAGUGAGGAAGUCGAAGUCGAAGCGGAAGCCAUGGCAGCAGCUGCGGCAGCGGUGGCUGCGUCCGAUUUGAAGAAUCAAAAUACGGCUGCGGCAUCGCCGGAGUUGGGUGCGGCUGGCGGCGGCGUUACGGGUGCACCGGAACCGUGGACUCCAGAAACGUUUCACGAGAGAUUAACUGUUACCGAGCUGGAGCAAAUCGAUGACGUGGAGAAGUAUUACGCUAGUCACUUUCAGGUACUGGCCGAAGAAUGUGGCGUACUGCUGCUCCUGUACACAGUUUUGCUGACUAAGGGUUUGGAUAACGUCUUGAGUGAAGUUUCGGAUACUUCGGAGCCUCUUAUACAUGGGACCUAUGGUUACGGAAGCCAAGCCUUGAUUAAUCUAAUGUUAACGGGACGUGCUGUUCCGUACGUCUGGGAUAAUGAGCAAGAUGUUGGCGGAUUGAAGUUAAAAGGCAUCACACAACAGUCGGAUAUUGGGUUCAUCACACUCAUGGAACAGAUGCAAUACUGUACCGUUGGGUUCUUCUACAAGAACCCCAAAAAUCCGGUCUGGGUAAUGGGUUCGGAAACACACCUUACGGUGCUUUUCAGCAACGAGAAGAGAUUGGUAUCGCCGGAAACUCCGAGUGAAAUUGCCCGGCGAGUCUUCCGGCAGUUUGACACGGAAGGGAGCAAUUUCAUACCAAGUCCGCUACUGCAGGAUGUGCUGUGCGCUCUGGAUCUGGUCAGUGAACCAGAAUACGUGGAUUUGAUGCGUAAGAAGCUAGACCCAGAAAAUCUUGGCAUUAUUCUGCUAAACGAGUUCAUGUACGAGUUCUUUCCAACGGAGAAAAAAUCUGUACCUGAUACGUUUGAUCUUUUGCAUUAUAAUGGUAUACCAAACUCCAACUGCGAAAACCGGGUGCGCUUCAACAAAGGCCACGCCAUUCUGCUGGAAAGUGAUGUGCGGAUGUGUAACCCUUCGGAUCCAAUGCUGACCUGUUUGCAGACUAAAUGGCCGAACAUCGAGGUCAAUUGGAACGAUUCUCGGACCCCUUCAUUGAAUUGACCGAGCAGUACGUUGUUUUUAUUGCAGUUGACGUGUUAGAAACAAGCGAUUGUUUUCUGCGACACACAUGCGAAUACGAAAACCACAUCCCUUUCUGUGUGCGUGUGUUAGCCCCUUUAACGAUCCGAUAGCUUUGAGAGUACCUCCCAUUCCGCUCACAGUUACAGUUAAUGGUGUUUAUUAAAAUCUCUUCCCCCUAGGCAACCAAGUCGGAGUCACUACUGUAACCAAGUGAUUCGUAAGCAAUAACGCUCAUUUACAUACAGUCUCUCACACACACAGCUUAUGCAAACAAUCACACAAACUAAUCUCAGCAGAUAACUGGACACAAAGUAGCUAAUCUACAAGCCAUACUACAGCAGAACGCUGUUGAUAUACAGGUACUAGCAGCCGAUAUAGCAAACAGAUAUUCCCGCUAAACAAUUGAACCAUGAACCAAAUAGGGCGAACUAAAACUAUUCCCUGAUUCCGAAUUGAGUAGUAAUAGAUGUAGCUGGAAGGAAAUCUGCAUACAUUGAAGUGACCUGCGAAUAUGAACGAACUAUUAGAAAGAGAAGAAGAAGAGGGUAGGUUAGGGACGCGAAUAUUCGAACGGAACGCAAACAGUUGAAUGUGUUUUAAUUUAUUCCCCUUUCCCGCAUCGCGCGCAAAAACGGAACAGAAAGAAGGUAGUAGUAAAUUCCGACAAGCGAAAAAAAAAAUCCCAUAAAUAGUAGGAAAAGAAUCCGAAAGCGAAAUCAAAGAAUAUGUACCGUGGAAUGAUCGAAAAUAUAUAUAUUAAAAACUAUUAACAGAUAACCUGUA